AUGAAGUUCACCUUGGGCCUGGGGUCGCGGGCCUGGAGAGUGUCCUGGCGGGCGGCGGCGGCUGCGGCGGUGGGCCCUGGGGCGGGCGGCGCUGGCAGCGGCUCACUGCGCGUCUCCAGCCGCCGCGGCCCUCGGCUCGCGCGCGCCCUCCCUCUAUGCCUCUCCGGCGGUGGCGGCGCCCGAGCUCUCCCGGACUGCGCCGGGCCCAGCCCCCGCCGCUCCGGCGCCAGGCAGCUGGCCGGCCGGCGCGCGAUGGAGCAGACGUACGGCGAAGUGAACCAGCUCGGUGGCGUGUUCGUCAACGGCCGUCCCCUGCCCAAUGCCAUCCGCCUGCGCAUCGUGGAGCUAGCACAGCUGGGUAUCCGACCCUGUGACAUCAGUAGGCAACUGCGGGUUUCGCAUGGCUGUGUGAGCAAGAUCCUGGCACGCUAUAACGAGACCGGCUCCAUCCUGCCCGGGGCUAUUGGGGGCAGUAAACCCCGAGUCACCACCCCCAACGUAGUGAAGCACAUCCGGGACUACAAGCAGGGAGACCCUGGCAUCUUUGCCUGGGAGAUUCGUGACCGGCUCCUGGCUGAUGGCGUCUGUGACAAGUACAACGUGCCCUCUGUGAGCUCCAUUAGUCGCAUCCUGCGAAACAAGAUUGGCAGCCUGGCGCAGCCAGGGCCCUACGAAGCAAGUAAGCAGCCACCGCCACAGCCUGCGCUGCCCUACAAUCACAUCUACCAGUACCCCUACCCCAGCCCAGUGUCGCCCACGGGAACCAAGAUGGGCAGCCAUCCCGGGGUCCCCGGCUCGGCGGGCCACGUCAGCAUCCCGCGUUCAUGGCCCUCAGCACAUUCGGUCAGCAACAUCCUGGGCAUCCGGACGUUUAUGGAGCAAACAGGGGCCCUGGCCGGGGGCGAAGGCGCUGCCUAUUCCCCUAAGAUGGAAGACUGGGCGGGUGUGAACCGCGCCGCGUUCCCCGCCUCACCAGCAGUGAAUGGGCUCGAGAAACCUGCCUUGGAGGCAGAUAUUAAGUACACUCAGUCGGCAUCCAGCCUUUCCGCAGUGGGUGGCUUCCUUCCCGCCUGCGCCUACCCAGCUUCCAACCAGCACGGUGUGUACAGCGCUCCAGCAGCCGGCUACCUUUCCCCGGGCCCACCCUGGCCACCUGCCCAGGGACCCCCGCUGGCGCCCCAUGGAGCUGGUGUGGCGGUGCACGGCGGGGAGCUUGCAGCAGCGAUGACCUUCAAACACACCAGCCGAGAAGGGGCCGACAGAAAGCCCCCCAGUCCGGGCGGCAAGGCUUCGGACGCGCUUGGUAGCUUACACGGACUGCCCAUCCCGGCCUCGACCUCCUAGGGGCUGUCCCCUCCGCAAAGCCACAGCCCAACGCAGAGGAGCGGGCGGGCUGCACAGCUCAGCUCACUCGGCCUCCCGCCUGGACACAAGAAGCUGGGCCCGCGGCGCUGCCUUUGGCCAGUUCGCUGUGCUCCCUCAAUGAGCCCCUGGGAUUUUUUAGGCUUUUCUGAACCUUGGCUUUAGAUGGUUGUUGCAUCUUCCUAAUCAUCCUAGCUCGGACAAAGACCCCCCCCCCCCCCUCCCCGCUCCCAUCCACAGCCUAAACUUAAUUCUUUGCCUUUGCCCGCACCUGUAUCCAUCUUCUCUCUUCCCUCCUCCCCGUUUCUCUUUCCUCCUCUGUGUUCUCAUCCCCGUCCUCCCUCCUUCUUUACUUCCCCCCCUUUUCUCCAUCUCCUAGUCUCUCUGCUUUCUCACUUUUCUCAGCAUCAAAAGUCCGAGUCUUCUUCAUCUCUACAGCUUCCCCGACUCUACUUCUCCAAUCUCCAAAGAUUCAGUGCACUCUCCAAGGACCUAUCCUUCUAUAACCUUGACUCCUCUGAGAACCCCCAGUUCCCAGGGAGUGGGGCUCGAACCUAGGAGAGAAGAAACCAAAGCCUUUUAUCAUAUAUUUUUAUAGCAACAAACCAGACUACACCCCCCUGGAGUGGAUCCCCCACCCCCUGAAUAUUGUUUGGAAAUCUUUUAUUUGUGCCCAGUGACUGGGCUGGCUUUGCUUCUGAGUUAAUGUCACCUGAAAGAAGGAUAGAGGGAAGAGGCUGGGGCUAAGGGCGUUCUAGCCCUCUCCAUCCAACACCGCCUAAUCUAACAGCAAAGCCAUUGGCAUCAUUUGGGGGUGUUCAAGGCUCAAUACAUUUGUUAAUUCUGAAAAACAAACUACUUGAGGAUGCCAAGGCUCAUUCCGGCUUCUGGUUUGCAAGGAAUAGGGAUGGGCAAAACCCAAGGAAUCCAGGAGGUGUCUGCUGGAGCUGUGCACAAGGGCUAUUAACUGAAUUCAAGUUCAAGCACACUGGUGGUGGGGCUCAAGAGUAUAAUGCAAUUUUUGUAGUCAUAAACGUAUUACUGGUGAGACUCUGACAUCACCUGUUAAACGUGGCUGCCUUUGAAUAAAGGAAAGUCUGAAACUCGCUUGGUGAGGGAGAAA